GACAUGCAGGUGCAACUUUGUUUGUAGUGCGUUCCCUAGCGACAGUGUCAUGCAUCAUAGAUCAAACAGAUGUCAUUUUAUACAAUAGUUUUUCAAACGAAAAUAUGAGCGAAGUUUCUGAAGCUUCUUUGUUAAAAGCUAUAAAAUUUUCCCUGGAAAAUGAUGGAAGACUGGGGAAAUUAAAGGGCGAAAUACGAGCAGCCGUAAUGUCAAUUUUAAACAAAAACUCUUCAAAUUUCGCCCUUCCUGAAGUACCUGAAGAAACACGACUAAUAAAUGAAUUAAUUAGAGAGUAUUUGUCUUGGAAUGGUUAUGUUUAUGCUGAACAAAUUUUAUCAGCAGAAUCCGGUCAAACUAAUGAAAGACUUACUAGGGAUAUAUUAACUACAAAAUUAAGUGUAAUGGAUGAUGAAAAAACAGUAAAAAUACCUUUGUUGUAUUAUGUUGUUUCUGCUUUUCAGAAUAUUAAUCAGGAAGAAUCGCAAAAUAAUCAAUAAAUUAAACCUUGUAUACAUAUUUUUUAUUUUUAAAUAAAAUAACAAUUAGGUGAACACUCUAA